UGCUCGCGCUCUGUCUGUCUUCUGUGGACUCCGCCUUCUGCUCGAAGGUAUGUCGAGUCGCCAUGUAUCGAGCUCUGAUCUUUACUGAACUGAAUUGGACUUCCAAUUCCUCUCUCCUCUUCGGUUCGUGCAACCCCUCGGCGAAUUUCCCCUCUUUUCCACCUCUCUUGGGACCAAUUGUGCCAAACUUCUUUGUCUGGAAACGCCUGCAAAGUGAAUCACAUCUAGAAGAUUACGGUCAUGGAGAAGCUCAGUGAUGACAUCCUUGUCCAAAUUCUUACUAGGAUACCGGCACGUUCGGUGACUCAACUAAAGUUAACGAACAAGAAAUGGUGUGCUUUGAUUUCUCAUCCGCUGUUUGUUAGAGCAUACGCAGAGCAUUUGAGGACUGACAUGAGAGCAGUUCGCAUCCUUAAAAUCGACCGCUUUUGUCUUCAGGGAGCCUCAAAUGUCGGUCCUCCUCAGUCUAUUGUUUUUGAAGUAUUCGAGGGGCAUAGCUUUGAUAUUGAAGUAACCAAUCUUCAUGACCCAAUCAGCCAUUUCACACCGACAAAGAUUCAAGUGGCAGGAUCCUGUGAUGGCUUGAUAUUUUUCAUUCGGCAUUGUGGUAUGUAUCAUGUUCUCUCUUUGUGGAACCCAUCUACAAAGGAGGUCAGGGAUUUGCCAGAUGACCUGAAUGGAACUUAUAAAUUUGGGCUCAGUCAGCGGGUGCCCUUUGGACUUGGUAUUGGCUUUGAUCGUCAAAUGGAUGACUAUAAGAUAGUAAGGGCUGCUUGUUCUCAAAACGAGCAUGGUGUGAAGGAAACUGUAGUUGAUGUUUUCACGCUGAAAACUAAUGCCUGGAGGAGAAUUCACGACAAUCCUAGGGGUAUGCUUUCCUGUGAUUCAUUUCACUUGAAUGGGGCUGUGCAUUGGUUCAUGAGGUGCAAAACUGAAGCAGAAGAUUCAUGUGUUAUUGUUUCGUUUGAUUUGGCAACAGAAAAGUUCCGAGAAGUGCCAUUGCCAGAAAGCAAUGCAAACACCGAGUUCCAGGGAAUAGGGAUUAUUGAUGGGUGUCUGGUCAUAUAUACGGUUUACUGGAAGCGGAGUGGCCUUUUUGAGGCAUGGGCGAUGAAGGAAUUCGGUGGGAGGGCAUCAUGGGCUAAGCUUUUCAGUAUCUCGGGAGAUAGAUUGCCUACCCCAACAAAACGCUUGCAACUGAUAUCUCUUAGGAAUGGCAAGAUCCUCCUAGGCCUUGACAGGAAUGAGAUAGUCCUGUAUGAUAUAGCAGAGGGAAGUUGUCAAUUCCUGCUUGAUAUUGGCUGGUCUGAUUUUCGUUACGAAUUCAUUGUUUAUGUGGAAAGUCUCAUCUCACCUUACCCUAUCCGGGGAAUUAGUCGAUGAAAUACUGAGGUGAAGAAGGCAGAAUGCAUCGGCUAUGUCCCUGAUUCGAGUAUAGAGACUAAUGUGUGUGUGUGUGUGUUUGUGUGUGAAUUUGUCUUUUUAUAAGUGAUAGAAAUUCCUCAUUGAUCAAAAGAAUGCACGGGUACACUUAUCCAAAGAAGAACCUUUAGUAACUAUUUACAUCAAAGAUUUUUUAGCAGAAA